AUGGCUUGGGCUUGCCGGCUAGAUUCAGACGAUCUGAGGCUCCCGCGGCCUGAAGAAACACCCUUUACACGUCCACAAAACGCCAGUCGGGCCCAGAAUACCGUGUUUGCUGGAGAGUCCGAUUCGGGCGUCCCAACGCUAUCUUGGAUCUUUGCCUAUCCUAACAUUUUUCCAGCUUUCCCUGCCCAUGGCGAUGCUCUUCAUCUGCCUCCAUCGACUCCGCUUCUGCUCUUCAACUUGAAGCCACAUGUCACUAUUCGCAAUCUCUCAGACCCGCGAGUUAUACUCUGGAUUCAAAGUGUGGAAUGGAAACUUACAGGUCCCAAUGGUGCAAUGCGAGCUCUCUGCACCCCCAUCGAACUCUUCCGAGCGCAUCCACCGUCUUCACCCGCCAUCUCCACUCGCAAAUCCGAUACACUCGCUCGCUAUCCGAAAAUGGAAGUCACGUGCCCGCCUUCUUCAAGCGGGAAAGACGGGCGAUAUGCGAUGCCGCGGGCAAGAGCUACAGCUAUGCCAACUGUAUCUCCUGCUCUCAUAUAUCAAUGUCCAAAAACCCAAGUCUUUUCGGCCUAG